UGGCUGUCACUAACACAAACACCGCUUUGCCAACCCCUCCUCCUGCUCCCUGAUUAUAUCCCACCACCUUUCCUAUCAUUAAUGGCAGGAUGGCCUUUAGGAAUCCUUCUCUCUCUUCACUACUAAUAGGCCUCCUGUCCCUCCUUCUCCCUCUCCAAUACUCUAGCACCACUGCCGCCGUUGGUAUCCGUCUCGGUGUUAUCCGAAAGCCCUCCCCCGAUGUCCCUCUCUUCCGGGAAGCCCCCGCCUUCCGGAAUGGAGACGCCUGUGCCUCUGAUAAAAUCCACAUUUCCAUGACAUUAGAUUCUAACUACCUCAGGGGCACCAUGGCCGCCGUGCUUUCCAUUUUGCAGCACUCAACGUGCCCGGAAAACCUCGAAUUCCACUUCCUAUGGGCACGCUUCGAGCCCGAUGUCUUCUCCAGCAUCAAGUCCACCUUCCCUUACCUCAACUUCAAUGCAUACCACUUCGACUCCAAUCGGGUACGUGGAAAAAUAUCCAAAUCAAUACGGCAAGCACUAGACCAACCCUUGAACUACGCACGCAUAUAUCUUGGCGACAUUAUCCCUGCUGAGGUGAAACGCCUUAUUUACCUAGACUCCGAUCUCGUAGUUGUGGAUGACGUCGCAAAGCUCUGGGAUGUGGAGUUGGAAAACAAGGUUUUGGCUGCACCAGAAUAUUGCCAUGCAAAUUUCACAAAUUACUUCACGGACGUGUUUUGGUCUGACCCAACAAUGGCUGAGACUUUUAAGGGUCGAAGACCUUGUUAUUUCAACACGGGAGUGAUGGUGGUGGACGUGGAAAAAUGGAGGGAAGGAAGUUAUACUUCGAAGAUGGAGGAAUGGAUGGUAGUGCAAAAACAGAAGAGGAUUUACCACCUGGGAUCUUUGCCGCCAUUUUUGAUAGUUUUGGCUGGGGAUAUUAAGGGUGUGGAUCAUAGGUGGAACCAACACGGGCUUGGCGGAGACAAUCUUGAAGGGAAAUGCAGGAGUUUGCAUCCGGGGCCUGUUAGUCUGCUUCAUUGGAGUGGUAAAGGGAAGCCAUGGCUAAGGUUGGACUCAAGGAAGCCAUGCAUUGUGGAUCAUCUUUGGGCUCCAUAUGAUCUCUACCAUUCAUCGACUCACUCUUUGGAAGAAUAUUGAGAAAAAGGAAUUCUUGAUUGGGGAUUCAACUUUUUGGCGGAUUCAUGGGAUUAAUGGAAAGAGAAAUGCUAUUUGUUGUAGCACUUCGAUCUCUAAUGAAAAUUAUAAAGGCCAGGUGUGAUCAAUUAGUAGAAGAGCAAUAACCAUCACGUGAUCAUAAUUAAUGGGUAUGUACUGCAAAUUUUCCUUUUCUCUUUCUUUAUUUCUUCUUCUAUAUAACAAAAUCAAUUAUAUCCAAAACAUAUCCUUCACGGAAAAAGGAAAGAGAUUUGGAAAUUAGUAACCUAAUCUGGCUUGAUGGUGUAAUGGUAGUACUUGAUAUAAUUUAACCUUUUUUUUCUGCAAAUUAAGGAGAGAGUUAUGAAUUGUUCUUAUUGUACAUAUUGACCAUUUUGUACUAAAGAAAACUUUUUUGGUGUAA